AUGACACAUCUGCCUGCUGUUGCGUGGCCCUGUUGCCUUGCUCGAGGCGGAAUCCUGCGCGCCUGGCACCCGAGACAGCGAAGACCGCAUCGUGAGACACGUCGCCGCGCCUCCGCGCCUGAGGGACUUUCUGAUCGAGCAAUUGGGUGCGGACGUCUCCGUGCUGGAUCAGGAGGACGCGACGCCCGACGACCGAACAAACAUUGGCUCUCUGUCUCUCCUUGGAAGGAGAAGACACCUGCACAGGUGGCUGCGAAGCUGAAACACAAGGAGGUGUUCUGGGCGGUUAUCAAGCAUGGCAGCAUUGUCACCGACCAGGACGUCUUGCCCAGAGAGGCGCAGUCCAUUCGAAACAAGACCAAGCGACGGGUUCAGGUUCUAAGCUCAGGCUCCUUGGAGGCGGAGGGCGAUGAGAAGAAUUGGGCACCUUCGGAGCUCCGGGAGCGGUUGCAGCAAAGCGGCCUCAACUUGGGCCUCUACGGUCACGAAGGCCACAAGAGCCUCGAGGACCUCGUCACGGAGCUCCACACUUGCCAGAGCGAGCUCGUCACAGGCCCCGGAAAGCGCAUCCAUCGCCGUGUGAAGUUGGUCCGGUUGCAGCUGCUGGCUAUCAUCGACAAUAGCGUGCGGGCGCUGGUCGAGGUCCAGUCCGAUGCGUGGCUGAGGGCGGCCGACCAAAAGCUCGGCAAACUGCCAUGCCGUCGAAUCCGCCAAGAUGAGACCGUGGAGGAGGCCAUGAAGGUGCGCUCGGAGGGACUUGGAUUGCUGGUUCGAAGCCAUACACUUAUCGCAUGGCAGGUUUCAACUUCACUGUAUCACAGACUUGCAGACAUGUGA